AUGGAUGGAACCGAUGAUGAGGGUGAAAACCCUCCAGUUAAGAGUUUGAGAGACUAUAUGUAUCCAACUAGAGUCUCCCAACCUUCGUGCAUUGUUUUGCCUGCUACUACAACAACUUAUGAGAUUAGGACAAAUACCCUUCAGGAUCUUCCCAAAUUUUAUGGUAAGGAGAAUGAAAAUCCUUACUAUCACAUUAGAUACUUUGAAGAACUGUGUGGUACGGUUAAAAUUAAAAAUUUGUCUGAUGAAUACCUUAAACUUAGGUUGUUUCCUUUCUCAUUAAAUGAUAAGGCAAAAUAUUGGUUAGAUGCUUUGGCUCAUUCGUCGGUUAGGACUUGGGAAUACAUGACAAAACUGUUUUUGAAAAAAAAUUUCCCUAGGCAUAAGACUUCUGCUAUCCGUCAGAAACUGAAUAUUUUUGUGAAACAACAAGGAGAAUCUCUCUAUGGCUACUUAGAGAGAUUCCAUGAUCUUUUGCUGCAGUGUCCACACCAUGGAUUUGAUACUCCGAGGCUUAUGUUGAUUCUUUACGAAGGAUUAGAUCAUAAAACUAUGACCACGGUAGAGUCACUUUGUGCUGGUAAUUUUCAAGAUAAAAGUGCUGAAGAGGGGUAUGCAUUCUUGCAAGAGGUAGCUGAAAAAACCCAAGAGUGGGAUGCUAAGGAACCAGUAAGGUCAAUUUCUAAUAGCAAAGGAGCGCACAGAGUUGUUAUUCAAUUUGACUCUGACGCUAAAAUAGCUUCUUUGACAAGAAGGCUUGAAUCGCUAGAACACAGUUCUAAAGUUAAGCCUUUUAUCGAGUCUUCAGACCAAACCUUUUAUGACGAUGGUAGUGAGCAAGUCAAUGCUCUCUAUCAAGAUAAUUGUCGUAAAUAUGACCCUUAUUCCAAUACUUACAACCCAGGGUGGGCAAGACACCCUAACUUUUCAUGGUCUAGAGGUCAGUAUGAAGGUCAGUCUAAUAAUGCUAGUGGUUACACACAAAAACCUUCUAUUCCUAAUGAUUCUUCUAACCAAAGAAUGCCUAGUAUGGAAAAAAGUCUAAGUUUUUUUAUGCAAGCUACUCAAAAGUCAAUAACAAACUUAGAGCAGACCACUGCAAGGUCCAUAACAAAUAUAGAACGACAAGUAGGUCAGCUUGCUAGUCAAACAAAAGAUAGAGACAAGGGACAGUUCCCAAGUCAAACAAUUCCUAACCCUAAGGGUUCUUUUGAUGUCAGCACAUUUGAUGCUAAAUCCUACUAUCAAGUCCAAGCCGUUACUUCCUUAAGAAGCGGACGGAUCAUUGAUAAUCAUAUUAGUAAUCCUAAGGAAAAUGAGCAUGACAGGAACACACCCAUUGUGACGCAGGUUACACCUUCGACACAAAAAGAAACCAAUGAACCUGAAAAAGAUGAAUCUGAAAAUACGUAUGUUCCCCGUGCUCCAUUUCCUCAAUGA